AUGGCCAAAAAGACAUUAGCAGACGAGAUCUCAAGCUUGUACAAGCCCAAAGAAGAAUAUGAUGUAGAGGAUUUUGACUCGGGAAGACCAGCCAGUGAUCUUUUCCAACACGAUGACGCUGCAGGAGAAGAUAGUUCUGAAGACGUUUCCGAUGAGGAGUUAAAGAAACAACAUUAUGUUUCGUCAACAAAAUCGAAAUUGAGAGGUCAGCAAGGGUUAAAUUUGGGAAAGAUGUACACAGGAGACGUUGUUUCCAGAGAGGAUUUAUACCGCGAUGACGAAGAAGAAGAGGAAGAAGAAGAAGAAGAGGAAGAAGAAGAAGAGAGGGAGGAUGAUGAUGAUGAUGAAAAGGAGGAGGAGGAGGAGGAGGAGGAGGAGGAGGACAAUUUUGAGGCGUUUUCUUCAGAUGAACAGGAGUCUGAGAUCGAUUCUGAGCUGGCGUCAGAUGAGGACACCAACAACAGGCGUUUGUCCAAACCUAGUAAUCCGACAACCCCAAAGAGUGAUUUAAUCAAGAAAAUCAUGAAGGACGAACGAACACAUCUUAUCAAUAGGUUAUCACAAUCUGCAGUCAAUGACUCUCUCAAAGGGUUUGCUGUACAACAACAACACAAGACGUAUGAGAAAUUAAUCGAUGUGCGAAUAAAAUUCCAGAAAGCUGUUGGUGCGGCAAACAAACUACCUAUUGACUCGGCAUCGUUUGACAAAUACAAGUCAGAUGAGUCUGCCGAAUUGCUCAAGGACACAAAAGGCCAGCUCUACGAGCUUUUGAAAAGUCUAUUCAAACUCAGAUCUCAAUUGGACAACAACAACAGCAACAACAACAACAGCAACAACAAAGCAACUGAUAUCAAAGCACCUAAGAAGAGAACAUUCCUGGAAUAUGCUAAAACAACGGCUAAUGCCGACAAGAAACUUCAAGCUGAUAGAAGUUCCAUUUUAAACAAAUGGUCAAUGAAAGUACAAAACUCUUCCGGUGGAACGGCAAUCAAUGCCAACAAGUUUAAGGCCAUCAAUCAGUCCUUUGAACAACAAGUUCAGAACAACUUAUCUGAUAUGGAAAGGUUGGUGAAACGAACAAGAUUAAAUAGAAGGCAAAUUAUGCCAAUUGGUUACACUCCUUCGUUGGACUUGGAAACCUCACAAUCCAACGGCACUCGUCCUGAUGCUAACCUUGAUGACGAUUCCAUUAUCCCAGAAGAGCCUUUACGUAAAAAAUCACAAGGUCAAGAGAUUCCUUAUAUAUUUGACGAUGAGGACUUUUACCGUGUCUUACUUAAUGACUUGGUUGAUCGUAAAGUGCAAACAGCCGACCCAACGUCAAACAUCACCAUUGUUAGAUCUGCCCAAAGAGCAAAUAAACUACUGAAUAAUGUAGAUACAAAGGCGUCAAAGGGAAGAAAAUUGAGAUUCCAUGUGCAAGAACAGAUUGCCAAUUUUGAAACCUCUACAGGUGGCUGGAAAUGGAACGACGACCAGAUUGACGAGUUCUUUGCUUCAUUAUUAGGACAAAAGGUUAAUAUGAAAGAAGAUGAGGAUGAUGAGGAUGAUGAUGAAGAGAAUGGAGAAAGUAAAGAAGAAGAUGCUAACAAUGGCUCUGAAGAAAUAUCGUUGGCCAAUGGCGAUGGUAUCAGACUUUUCGGUUAA